UAAACGACCACGGCCACAGUGCAGUGAGUAAUUGAAGCUGAGUGACAACAGUCCGGCAACGCGCGUUCCUCCUCCACGAACCGUUUGUUGUUAUCGCAAAUCCAGUGAAGUUAAGCAAUUAGCAGCAUUCUUGUAAACUUUCUGAUGCAUAAACGUGCAAUAAGAAUCAGCCGAAUAGGAUUCAAGAAACCGUUAGCUGCUCUAAAAUUGUGCUACUCGAUCUAGGUCGAUAACGGUAAACUAGGAUCAGAAGGUGUUGAUAACUGUUUUUAUAACUGGUCAUUCUAUACAGUGCGAAGCAAUGGCGGCAACCGCUGAAAAUGUGCGACUACCCGAUUUAAUAACUAGAUGGAUGGAAGUGCAGAAUACGCGAGCUGGUCUCGACGAUUUGCACCCGUUGAAGGUUGACGCCAUCGAUCUUACGCUGCUAUUGAAAUCGAUGGGUUUCAAGUUGGAAUACCUGGACUUUGAGCACGAUAAAUCCAACACCGAUAUACUAACAGUGGAAAUAAAGUGCAACAAAUCUGGAGUAGUUGCAAGAAUGUGUUACGAUUUGGUAGGCUGCUCAUGCCCGGAAAAGGACGAGAAGGAAACCUCCUUCUGGGAGGUACAAGCCACGGGACCGAAAGAAUUCUCCAAGUUCAAGAAUAACACUUCUUCAAAUUUAUUACCGGAGGUUUCAGAAAAUUGCUCCAUGGUAUCCAAAGCCAUGCUAUCGAAUUUGUUAGAUUAUUACCGAAGCAGCAUAAAAUCUAUCGAGCGAGGAGAGGACGUACUACAAUCGCCGUUAAAGAUCGCUAUGCCGAAAAUCUGCGUCACUAGUCCUGGGCUAACGAGAGAGGAAAGGACUUUAUUUGCAACACCGCCAGCGGAGGGAAAAUUUAUGGCGCUCAUUGAAUCAGUUAGUUCCCCUGAGGGCAAGAAAUCAGUUGAUUCAGCAUCCAGUUCAGUAAAUCCUCCAGUGAGCUUGCCAACAAGCCCAUCCACCGCGCAAGAUAAUGAAACCAAAUCCAACAACUCAACUGAAAGUUUGGGUAUCGACAAUGCAACUCGAGAUUUAUCUAAAAGCGACCCCGGUGUCAAUCCAGUGAUCGAACAUGCACCAGAUGCUAUUCUAGAAAGCAAUGAUAGCUCCUUUGUCAACAGCGACGCAAUGAAGGCUCUGAUAACCUCUAGUCCAAAUGAAAAGGUCUUCGAAGCCGCUAUGAAUUUAGAUCAGAAUCACGAACGGGAUUUGAACGUUAUUCAUUGUCUCCAGGUAGCACGACAUGAAAUCGAUGCAGCACUACUCGUCAUGAAGUUGAACAAUCCUUGCCGACUUCCAUCACAAAUUUCUGCCAUCACUAAUACACCGCAAACAGUUAUUCGCAAAAAGUUGGCGACGCCCAAACUUCCAGAACGUUCCAGCUCAUUAAGUAGCAUUGGUCGAAGAGUUUCAUUAUCAGGACUCCCAUCUGAUUCUCCCAAAAACACGCUAAAUGGUGCCCCUAGUUUACCGAAAAAGCAAUCCACAACUAUAUCCAAGUUAGCCUAUACCAAACCAAUGGGCCGAGGUGAUACUCCUCGUCCAACGGCUACUCAACUGAAAUCCGCCACACUGUUGCGUAAAAUCAACCCAGGCGUGUCAGCUUCAUCAACUGCCAGUUCAGGCAGCAUCACUAAAACGAAUUCUGUAGUCCUGAAAAAGAGCAGCGUGGGAGUCAAACCAAUAGGGAGUGUACGACCUACUACUAGUGCCACUACCAAGCCAGCAGUGGCCACCGUUAUCGGCAGGUCUAAAAGUUCCGCUACUAUCGUGAAAAAAUAGGAGUCCUCAACAUUCGCUAGUUGUCGCGUUAUUCGUAUUCAAUAUUUAUUCAAAUGAUAUUAUUUUUUUCUGUAUCCUUUCUGUUCCUCAGGUUUUAAUAAACAUAUUUCAAUCUACAA